AUGGCCAUGGCUGAGCGGCCCCGGCCCCGGUGGGGCUCGUGUCACAGCCCCAGCACCAACAACUGCCAGGACCUGGGCAACUCCAUCCUGUUGCUACUGGGCCUCAUCAUCUGCGUUCACAUUGGCAUCAAUACGGUGACACUGGUCUGGCGCAGACUCCGUGGCUUCUUACACCACGUGUUUCGUGUUAUUUGUGAGAAAGAAGCUUCUAAGUUAUGCUCACCUGGGAAGCAGACCCAGCCCCCGAAGCAGAGCGCCCCUGCAGUCCGCCUUCGGUGCACCAUGGACCCUGUGAAAAUGGCUGUGUCCCCCCCACCCACUCGCCGCCGUCGCCGUCGAGACUCUUCAGCACGCCGCGCCCACCGCCCUAUAGCCUGGACCACUGACACUGACAGCGACGACGAGAAGCCCCCACGUCAGCAGACAACAAUCUGCUCCCACAACUGGGAUUGCCCCAGGGACUGGGAAGGCCUUCAGUCCACCCAGGGGUUCUGGACUCCCUGGGCCCAGGAUGCUGUGGAGCCGCCUACCCAGACCAUCCGCUUCCAGCAAACUGUAGAGGGAAGGCCGCUCAAAAGAGAGAUGCAGUCAGAGCUGGGCCUAGAGGCCUACGUGUACCCUGUGAACCCCCCGCCCCACAGCCCUCAGGCCCUGAGCCACAAGAACAGUGGAGGGGGGCCCCAGGCAGAACAGGAGCAGUGCUCGCCAGCCCAGCCACCCAUCCUGGGCCCGGCCCACGUCCCAGACAUCCCCCGGCGCCACUCCUCAGGGCGCGUAGCCUAUAAUGCCAGAGACGUGAGGCGGCGGCUGCGGGAGCUGACCAGGGAGUUGGAGGCCCUGUCCCACUGUUACCCCCCGGUCUCUGGAUCCAGCACGGCUGAGGGGACGGGAAAGGCCUGGGUAUACCGUUCCCUGACAGAGAGGUGACUGGGAGAAGAAUAAAAAGAAGAGAGGAGGUGGUUUGUGGUUGUGUGGGGGGUGCCAGGGCCCACACAGCACCCAGAAGCCUGGUUGCUAAGGAAAUGAUCUCCCUGGCAACAGGGCCUAGAGAGCCCUGAGGACCCUCAUCAACCUCUUGGCCUCACCAGGCCCUGUCCUCAGCCCUUUCCCAGGCCCUUCUUGGUUCCAAGGCUCCCACCUGCCUCUACUCUGUUCUUUAGUGCCCAGGGAAGCCCCCCAAAUCCCAUUCCAGAUCCCCAGGCAGUACUGCACUUGAGUGGAGACCCUCAUCCCCAUGGCCUCAGUCUCUCAGAGGUCCGGCUCCUACCAGAGCCCAGGUUUAGGCUGCAACUACAGGUGAGGUGUGGUCCCUCUG